AUGGAUUGUAUAAGUACAUUUGAAAAUAAUAAUAAUAAUAAAAAUAAUUUAAGUGAAAUUAUUAAAAAAACAGUUGAAUUUGUAAAAGAAGAAAUUAAUUCAUAUAAUGACCCAUCACAUGAUUAUAAUCAUAUUGAACGUGUUUGGAAAUUAGCAAAGAAUAUUGCAGAGAAAGAGAAUUAUGCAGACCCAAAUAAUAGUGAACGUCCAACUGAAUUAUUAGAAUUGGCAGCAUUAUUACAUGAUGUGAAAGAUCAUAAAUAUUUGAAAAAGGGUGAAGACGAAAAUACAUGUUCAAAUACAAUCAUUUCAUUUUUAACUUCAAAUAAUUAUCCAUUAGAAAGUGCUCAAAAGAUUGCACUCAUAGUUAGUCAAAUUUCUUUUAAAAAUGAAUUAGGUAAUUUUUCAACAACUCAACUUUUACUUGAAUCUAAAAUUGUACAAGAUGCUGAUAGAUUAGAUGCAAUUGGAGCAAUUGGUAUUGCAAGAAGUUUCUCAUUUGGUGCAAUAAAGAAUAGACCAUUCUAUGGAGAGGGUACUAUGAAAUUAAUGAAUUCAGAUUUAAAAACAGUUGAUAUGUCACAAGAACAAUAUAAAAAACAAACAAGUCCAACAAUUGACCAUUUUUAUGAGAAAUUAUUUAAAUUACAAUCAUUAUUAAAAACUGAAACUGGUAAAACAAUGGGAAUUCAAAGACAUCAAUUUAUGAAUUAA